GCCCGCCCGCCUCCCGCAGAGGCACGCCCCCUCCUCUGCGCCGCGACCCCCUCGGGGGCCCAGGCGGGGCCCAAACACUCGCCAGCGCCGCAGCCGCCAUCGUGUUCCUCGCGUCCCUAGCUCUGCAGAGGACAGGCCUCGGCCAGGAUCCCGGCGGACUUCUGAGGUGCCAGCAUGGUGGGGGAACUCCGCUACAGGGAAUUCAGGGUGCCCCUGGGGCCGGGCUUGCACGCCUAUCCGGAUGAAUUGAUCCGCCAGCGAGUAGGCCAUGAUGGGCACCCUGAGUACCAGAUCCGCUGGCUCAUCCUCAGGCGUGUUGACGAUGGGGAAGGGGACUCUACCCAAAUGGAAUGCAAGGCCGAGCAUAUCCUACUGUGGAUGUCUGACGAUGAGAUCUAUGCCAACUGCCACAAAAUGCUGGGCGAGAAUGGCCAAGUCAUCGGACCUUCCCAGGAGUCUGCAGACGCUGGGGCCCUCGACAAGUCUGUGCUUGGGGAGAUGGAAACAGAUGUGAAAUCCUUGAUUCAGAGGGCCCUUCGUCAGCUGCAGGAGUGUGUGGGAACGGUUCCCCCUGCCCCUCUCCUACACACCGUCCACGUACUCAGUGCUUAUGCCAGCAUCGAGCCUCUCACUGGAGUCUUCAAAGACGCCAAAGUCCUGGAUUUGCUCAUGCACAUGCUGAGUAGUCCUGAUUAUCAGAUCCGCUGGAGUGCGGGCCGGAUGAUCCAAGCUCUGUCCUCCCAUGAUGCUGGGACCCGGACCCAGAUUCUUUUGUCAUUGAGCCAACAAGAGGCUAUUGAAAAACACCUGGAUUUUGACAGCCGCUGUGCGCUGUUAGCCCUCUUUGCGCAGGCUACUCUCGCCGAACACCCCAUGUCUUUUGAGGGCGUUCAGCUACCACAGGUCCCAGGACGGUUGCUCUUCUCCCUGGUGAAACGGUACUUGCUUGUCACCUUCCUCCUGGACCAGCUGAGUGGCAGUGCAGGAGAGCAAGGAGCCCAGAACAGCUUUGUUCCUGAGGAGCUGAAUGUAGGGAGGGGCCGGCUGGAACUGGAAUUCAGUAUGGCCAUGGGCACUCUGAUCUCUGAACUGGUGCAGGCCAUGCGCUGGGACUGGGCCUCAGGCAGAGCAGGGAGGUUGGCUCGGUCCUCCGCGUCCAUUUUCCAGCCUCAGCCAGCAGAUGCCAACCCAGAGUUCCCCCGCCCCCACGCCCAGGUUAUCAGGAGGUCAAAGCGGUUUCGCCCCCGCACUGAGUUUGCAAGUGGCAAUGCCUAUGCCUUGUAUGUGCGGGACAUGCUGCAGCCUGGGAUGCAGGUACGGAUGCUGGAUAAUUACGAAGAGAUCACUGCUGGGGAUGAGGGCACGUUCCGACGGAGCAAUGAUGGUGUGCCCCCUGCACAGGUGUUGUGGGAGUCAACGGGCCGCACCUACUGGGUACACUGGCACAUGCUGGAGAUCCUGGGCUUUGAGGAAGACAUUGAGAAUGUGGUUGAGGCUGCUGAGUACCAGGGGCCAGUGGUCAGUGGAGCAUUGGGUGUAGCCCCGCCCUCCCAGCACUGGAAGCCCAUAACUGAGCUCUUUGCUGUGCCUUAUGUGGUGCCCGAGGAGGAAGACAGGGAAGAGAGGGAGCACCUAACCCAGGCUGAGUGGUGGGAGCUCCUCUUCUUCAUCAACAAGUUAAAUGCAGCGAGCCAUCAGCGCGUUGUGCAGCUCCUUCAGAACAAUCUGGAUGGGGAGCAUAUUCUGAACAGUGAGAUGCUGCCCGAGCUGACCGUUCCCAUUGAGCUGGCCCAGGACCUACUGCUCUUUCUGCCUCAGCAACUUGAUGACAGUGCUCUGAGGGACCUGUUCAGCUGCUACGUCUACAGGAAGUAUGGUCCCGAAGCCCUGGCAGGGCAGCUAGGCUACCCAUACCUGCUAGGUGCCCAGCAAGGUGUUUUCACGUUCAAAGCUGAAGGAGUGGCAAGUGCAGAAGCAUCUCAGAGUGCCAGCCCUGCCCUGCAGCAACUGGUGGAGGGCCUGGGCCCGUCCGGGAAGCUCCUUGUGUGUCUAGAGCAAGCCCUCAGCUCCGAGGCUCCCCAGGAGACUGAGGUCAGACCAUGGCUGCUGCGGCUCCAGCGGCAGCCACAGCCCUUCCUCACACUGAUGCAGAGCCUGGACACUCCGGCCACCAACAAGGCCCUGCACCUGUCAGUGCUGAGACUCCUAACGAAGCUGGUGAACUUCCCUGAUGCCUUGUUGCUACCCUGGCACGAGGCCAUGGACGCCUGCAUGGCCUGCCUUCGGUCCCCCAACACUGACCGAGAGGUACUCCAGGAACUAAUCUUUUUCCUACACCGCCUGACCUCCACUUGCCGGGACUAUGCGGUGAUACUAAACCAGCUGGGAGCGCGAGAUGCCAUCUCCAAGGCCCUGGAAAGGCACCUAGGGAACCUGGAGUUGGCUCAGGAGCUGCGGGACAUGGUGUUCAAGUGUGAGAAACAUGCUCACCUCUACCGGAAGCUCAUCACCAACAUCCUGGGGGGCUGCAUCCAGAUUGUGCUGGGCCAGAUUGAGGACCACAGACGAACCCACCGGCCCAUCAACAUCCCUUUCUUUGAUGUGUUCCUCAGGCAUCUGUGCCAGGGCUCCAGUGUGGACGUGAAGGAAGACAAGUGCUGGGAGAAGGUGGAGGUGUCCUCCAACCCACACCGGGCCAGCAAGCUGACAGAUCGCAACCCCAAGACCUACUGGGAGUCCAACGGCAGCACCGGCUCCCACUCCAUCACCCUGCACAUGCGCCAAGGGGUCCUUAUCAGGAAGCUAACUGUACUGGUGGCGGCUGAGGACUCAAGCUACAUGCCAGCCUUGGUGGUGGUGUGCGGCGGUGACAGCAUCAGCUCUGUUAACACAGAACUCAAUGUGGUGAAUGUGAUGCCCUCCGCCAGCCGGCUAGUCCUUCUGGAGAACUUGACCCGAUUCUGGCCCAUCAUCCAGAUCCACAUAAAGCGCUGCCAGCAGGGCGGCAUCAAUACACGCAUCCGGGGACUGGAAGUCCUGGGCCCCAAGCCCACCUUCUGGCCAGUAUUUCGAGAGCAGCUGUGCCGGCACACACGCCUCUUCUACAUGGUUCGGGCACAAGCAUGGAGCCAGGACAUAGCAGAGGACCGCCGAAGCCUCCUGCACCUGAGUUCUAGACUAAAUGGGGCUCUGCGCCAGGAGCAGAAUUUCGCUGAUCGCUUCCUCCCUGACCACGAGGCCGCCCAAGCCCUGGGCAAGACGUGCUGGGAAGCGCUGGUCAGCCCCCUGGUGCAGAACAUCACCUCUUCCUAUAACCACGAUGAAAACAGCACCAGCUCUCUGGGGUGGCUGCUGGACCAGUACCUGGAGUGCAGGGAUGCCGCCCACAACCCCCAGAGCCGUGCAGCUGCUUUCUCCUCACGGGUCCGCCGCCUCACCCACUUGCUGGUCCACGUGGAGCCCUGUGAGCCAUCGUCUCACAAGGUGGCCAUCCCUCAAUCCAAGGGCAGAAACAGAAGCCAUGAUUGGAGCUCCUUGGCCACGCGGGGCCUUCCAAGCAGCAUCAUGAAAACCCUGGCCCGCUGCUGGCGGGCUGUGGUGGAGGAGCAGGUGAACAACUUUCUGACCUCAGCCUGGAGAGAUGAUGACUUUGUGCCACGGUAUUGCGAGCUCUUCUAUAAGCUGCAGAAGUCGAGUUCUGAGCUGUUUGGGCCACGAGCUGCCUUCUUGCUAGCAGUACACAGUGGCUGUGCUGAUGCCUUGCUGAGGCUCCCUUUCCUCAGAGCUACCCAUGUGACCGAGCAAUUUGCACGGCACAUUGACCAGCGGAUCCAAGGCAGUCGAAUGGGUGGAGCCCGGGGAAUGGAGAUGCUGGCACAGUUGCAGCGAUGCCUGGAGUCUGUCCUGAUUUUCUCUAGCCUGGAGAUAGCCACCACCUUUGAGCUUUACUACCAGCAUUACAUGGCUGACCGUCUCCUGAGCGUGGGCUCAAGCUGGCUGGAGGGGGCUGUGCUGGAGCAGAUCGGCCUGUGCUUCCCCAGCCGCCUCCCCCAGCUGAUGCUGCACAGCCUGAGCAUCUCAGAGGAGCUGCAGCGCCAGUUCCACGUCUACCAGCUGCAGCAGCUCGACCAGGAGCUCCUCAAGCUGGAAGACACAGAGAAGAAGAUACAGGUGGCCCAGGAGGACGAGAGCGAGAAGGAAGAGGCUGCUAGUGAGACAGUAGCUGUGGCUAUGGCAGAGGAGGAGGAGGAGCUAUAUUAUGAAGGACCAAUGCCAGAAGUGUGUGUGCUUGUCCUGUCUCCACGCUACUGGCCUGUGGCCUCUGUCUGCCACAUGCUCAAUCCCACAACAUGCCUGCCCCCGCACCUGAAGGGGAUUCUAAACCACUACUCCAGCUUCUACAGCAAGAGUCAGAGCCACGCCAGAGUACAGGAAGGUCCACAGCGACGAUUGCAGUGGACCUGGCAGGGCCGGGCGGAAGUGCAGUUUGGUGACCAGCUCCUGCAUGUGUCCACAGUGCAGAUGUGGCUGCUGCUGUAUUUCAACGACGUAAAGGUGGUGUCUGUUGAGAGCCUGCUGGCGCUGUCAGAACUCCCUCCAGAUGUGCUUAAUCACGCAAUUGGGCCUCUCACUUCAUCAAGAGGCCCCUUGGACCUUCUGGAGCAGAAAGAUAAACCAGGAGGAGUGCUCAAGAUUCGAGAUGACAGUGAGGAACCCAGGCCGAGGAGGGGCAAUGUGUGGCUCAUCCCAUCUCAGAGGUACCUGAAAGCUGAGGAUGAAGAGGGCCGGAACUUGGAGAAGAGAAGGAACCUUCUAAACUGCCUUGUUGUCCGAAUCCUCAAGGCUCAUGGGGAUGAGGGCGUGCACAUUGACCACCUAGUCUGUCUGGUGCUGGAAGCUUGGCAGAAAGGUCCUUGUCCUCCCAGGGGUCUGGUCAGUAGCCUGGGCAGAGGGUCUGUGUGCAGCAGCACUGAUGUCCUCUCCUGCAUCCUGCACCUCCUGGGCAAGGGCACACUGCGGCGCCACGAGCACCGGCCACAGAUGCUGUUCUAUGCAGUCCCCGUAACCAUCAUGGAGCCCCACACCGAGUCCCUGAAGCCUGGAUCGACGGGCCCCAACCCACCCCUGACCUUCCACACCCUGCAGAUCCGCUCCCGGGGUGUCCCUUAUACUUCCUGUUCUGGCACCCAGAGCUUCUCCACAUUCCGGUAGCCCUAGAGAUGGGGCCCAGGAGAGGUGAGGCUGGGGCUUUCUACAGAAAAUAAAACAUGCGAAUUUGAUGAU